AUGGCUGUGAUUAAGACCCCAUCUCUGUCUUCUACAGUGACCAGGACCGUGUGUGCUGAACAAUGCGACGGCAGGUGCUAUGGGCCCUACGUCAGUGACUGCUGCCAUCGAGAAUGCGCCGGAGGCUGCUCAGGACCAAAGGACACUGACUGCUUUGCCUGCAUGAACUUCAAUGACAGUGGAGCCUGUGUUACUCAGUGUCCCCAAACAUUCGUCUACAAUCCAACCACCUUUCAACUGGAACACAACUUCAAUGCAAAGUACACAUAUGGAGCAUUCUGUGUUAAGAAAUGUCCACAUAACUUCGUGGUAGAUUCCAGUUCUUGUGUACGAGCCUGCCCUAGUUCCAAGAUGGAAGUCGAAGAAAAUGGAAUUAAAAUGUGUAAGCCUUGCACUGAUAUUUGCCCCAAAGCAUGUGAUGGAAUCGGCACCGGAUCCUUGAUGUCUGCUCAGACUGUGGAUUCCAGUAACAUUGACAAAUUCAUAAACUGCACCAAGAUCAACGGGAAUCUCAUCUUUCUUGUGACUGGCAUUCAUGGGGACCCUUACAAUGCUAUUGACGCCAUAGACCCAGAGAAACUGAAUGUCUUUCGGACAGUCAGAGAAAUAACAGGUUUCCUGAACAUACAAUCUUGGCCACCAAAUAUGACAGAUUUUAGUGUUUUCUCCAACCUUGUCACCAUUGGAGGAAGAGUUCUCUACAGGUAGGUGAAUAUGUUUGGUGCAGUCAGCUGCUUGAAUAUAGAGAGGACUAUCACAAGCUUUUUAAUGUUAUGAUAGUCUAUUGAUUAAUUCCAAAAAUGUGCCUCCUGAAAUAAUCCCUGAUGUGACAUGAGACACACAGAAUUCCUAGUUUGGUUUUUAACUGCUUAUUGCCUGGGCAGAUAUUAAUGUGUUUCUGGUAUAAGGCAUGUAAUAUGAUCUGUAUAAUUGAACUUUAUAUGUAUUUUAUGUCAUACUAAGACAUAAAUGUAGACGACUCAGUAAUGACUCGAGUGUGUGGGGAACAUUUUCUGCUGUAGCCAGGGGUUUGAGUUCUCUCUCUGAUGCCAUUGUUUGCACCACACAUCCUAUGUUGAUGUUACUGUUGUAGGUUCCCUAUUCUUAGUGUUGAAUAAUAAACAGAGAGGUCAUUAGUGGGAGAGGAAGCACC